AUAUCACGGGAAAUCCCUGUAGAUUUGGCUGGAAGUCGAGGAUUGGAAUGUAAACAAAAGGCAGCGGUGAGGGGAGAUGUGCGUCCCUGUCGUCUCUUCAGCCAGUGUGACGCAAAGGAGUCUACUUAAAGCGGGAUUAAGGCUGAGCAGCGCACUCUCUCUCUCUCUCCCUGUAUAGCUCUCUCUCUUACGCUCCACAGGAGUGGCGCGCCUCUAGGAGCAGAGCGAGCUGCUGGAUCAUGUCUCACAGCAGCAACAUGCUCACGGUCUCUUGUCGGAUCCUACAUUGACUCUUUCCACUUUGAGAGUGUGUUUCCCCGAAUGAACAGCCAUGGGGGAGUGGACCAUUUUGGAGCGUCUCCUGGAGGCGGCUGUCCAGCAGCACUCCACCAUGAUCGGGAGGAUCCUGCUGACAGUGGUGGUGAUAUUCCGGAUUCUGAUUGUGGCCAUAGUUGGCGAGACGGUGUACAACGAUGAGCAGUCGAUGUUUGUGUGCAACACGCUGCAGCCCGGCUGUAACCAGGCCUGCUAUGACAAAGCCUUCCCCAUUUCCCACAUCCGCUACUGGGUGUUCCAGAUCAUCAUGGUGUGCUGCCCCAGCCUCUGCUUCAUCACCUACUCCGUCCACCAGUCUGCCAAGCAGAAGGAGCGUCGCUACUCCACCGUCUACCUGUCCCUGGACAAAGACCAGGACAUGAAGAGGGACGACAGCAAGAAGAUCAAGAACACCAUCGUGAACGGAGUCCUGCAGAACACAGAGAACUCAAACAAGGAGGCGGAGCCUGAGUGCCUGGAGGUGAAGGACAUUCCUAACUCAACCAUGCGAACUACUAAGUCCAAAAUGCGACGGCAGGAGGGCAUCUCCAGGUUCUACAUCAUCCAGGUGGUGUUCAGGAACGCGCUGGAGAUCGGGUUUCUGGUGGGUCAAUACUUCCUGUAUGGAUUCAACGUUCCCGCGGUGUACGAGUGCGAUCGAUACCCCUGCAUAAAAGAUGUUGAGUGCUACGUUUCCAGGCCAACGGAGAAGACGGUCUUCCUGGUCUUCAUGUUCGCCGUCAGCGGCAUUUGCGUGGUCUUGAAUUUGGCCGAGCUCAAUCACCUUGGCUGGAGGAAAAUCAAAGCUGCCGUGAGAGGAGUCCAAGCCAGACGGAAGUCCAUUUAUGAGAUCCGGAACAAAGACCUGCCCAGGAUGAGCAUGCCAAACUUUGGACGCACUCAGUCCAGCGACUCUGCUUAUGUGUGAGACGGACUGAGGACUCUGGAGCACGCACAUUGUUAAAGAGACGAAUGUUUCCAGAAGAACUCUCUCAUAAAGACACGGAGAAACAAGUGGAUCAAUACUCUUUGGGGCAGAUUUCCAAAGGUCCCAACGCUUCCGAUUUAAAUUACACAUUUUACAAAUUUGCUAGUUCGGAAAGACAGAAGCACAAAACACAGUUCGACCUAUUAACCAGUUAAAUUACAUCACAUUAAAUCCAGUGGUUGUAAACCUUUAUGAAAUCUGCCCCUUUUUCGCAUUAGUAACCAGACCAGGCACUUAUGGACCUUUGGAAGCACUGACUCGAGGAAGACUCUGGAUCACGUUCGACAGCGAUGAGGUCAUUUCUGUGGUGCAUGUUGAAGCGCACAUUGUUUUCUUACUGUGAUCUUUUACUUUUAGUCUUGAAAAUGUUGACGCAAACUUACGCCAAAGUGCCAGUCUGAAGGGUUUGGCGGUCAAGCACAAUUCUAAGUAUCACUCUCACAACUGGUUCUGUCCUGCAUACUUUAUCGUACAAUGCCUGUUUGACAAAAUGAUAUCGCUAGGAUGACCUCAUAUGGAUACAGGGGAACGUCCAAACCAAGACAUUUUUAGGAGGAAGACGAAGUAAGUCUAUCAAGUGGCUUCACAUCAGGUUGGUGCUACGUCAUUUAUUUAGGAGAGGGAACUCGUAGUGGCUAGAUUCGUGUACGGAAUAAGGAAAAGUAAGCUGGCUUUACCUUCAGUGGCCCGACUGGUUCAGUAAUCCUCCUUCCACACAGGCCGUCUUCACUGGCUCGGCCACACUGGUUCAACUGUUACUCAAUACUAUUGACCCCUUAUAAGAGGAUCAGCUGAAGGUAAAGCAGCAGAGCUAGAGAGUACCAAGAAUGCCUAUCAAAGUGAUACCACCCCACCCGAUCCCACUCGCCCUGCACUGCAACCCGUCCCUCCAUCGACCUGGGGCUUCUUCAUGUGACAUUUCUAGUCUCCUGUUCUGUUUGAAAAUGCUGCAUCCAGCCUCAAUGCUGCUUCUGUCUGAACGCUUUCUGUCAAGCAAACAGAGCGAUUGAUGCAGAAGUACUUGGUUUAAACAAGAAAGGAACAUUCAUCGUGGAGUUGUGGGUGAAUUAAAACAGUAGCUAGAGACCUAAAGAUAUUCGCGGAGCCUCUCUAAGACGAACUGUUUGGCAAGUUGAGUAACUGAAAUGAGUCACAGGAAGGUGAGUUUCAAUGUUCCAUCAAACACACAGAAUGUUUUCACCCCUCUACUUGAGUUGGACUGCAUUACUUUUUUCUCCAUGAACACGCUGCUCCUGAGGGUAGCAACAAGGAAAUGUACGUGUACUUUGCAUUCUCUGCUGGAAAAAAAAAACCCAAUUCAACUCAAGGCAUUUUAAACUACCAUCCAGCAAGAGAAUAAAUAUGAGAAUGCAGAAAAAUUCCAUGUGAAAAAGCCAUACUCACACAAGUUUUACUAAGUCCUAAGAGAGGUCACAUGAUAGGAUGUUGGGCUCCUAAUGUAGCUCCUUGAAGGUCCAACCCAUGUCUCACUCAUGAAGCCGAGUAACACCCACAACUCCCCAGCAGAUCCUCUCCAUUUUUGCUCUUCAGCUGUUGCCUCACCUGAUUCAUCUGGAGGCCUGCUCGCGCACCGACGACCUUAACCCGACACCUUUGCUCCGGCUAAAGUGAAGUGACCCUGAGACCUGGCUUUGUGGGUUUUCUGUGACACCCAAGCGCCCAAUAUGUGUUUCUUCUAUGUACAAUUAAGUGCAAUUUACUGUCUGUAAAUAUAUCUAUGUCAUAUGAUACAUAUCUAAAGAUGUUCUGCACAGAGAUAUGAGAAGUUACCAUGUUAAUAAAUAUUUUUAUUUGUAACUCAUCAUCAUGCCAUUUUUAUUUAUUUAUUUUUUGUCAUAGUUGAUGAAACAAAUCCGGAAAAUGUGACAAGAUUGUUGAAUAAAGAGA